UAUCACGGUUGCGAAAUGAUUGUGGAAAUGGAGUAUUUCCAGGAAGUAUAACUCUGGUAACUUAAAAUUGUUUUAAAGAAGCACUAGAAGCCAAAUAUAACUUGACAGACGCAAGUCAUGCGCUUGAUUGGAAGCCAUGGCAACGUAUACUGUAGAAGAAGCAUUAGUUAUGGAUGAACCAGCAAAAGAGGCCCUGCAGUUUGACGUGAUCAUUCCUGGAGAUGUUUCUCCAGAAGUUCAGGAGCUGAUGCAGCACAUUCAGGAGGUUGCAGAAAGUCUGCUGUAUCAUUGGAAGAACUUCCCUAUAGUCCUGCCACCCUCCCUAACUAGUCAGGGUUAUGAAAAGAUCGAUUACAGGGACUUGUUCAAGGCGCCAACAUUCGAUGAGUUGGAACAGGUUGCCACAGACACCUUUGGUGACCUUAAGAAGCUGGGAGAAUGGCAGCUGAAGAGUGUAUGGGAGAGGGGUCAGUUUGAUGUGCCCAGUUUCAACUUCCCCGGCCAGUCUCAUACAUGGAGGGUGACCAGGCUACUCCAGAAGGGUACGCAGAAUGCCAAUGAUUCACUGUUGGGGGACAUGGCUUUGGCACUGCGCCUGCUGAUCAUCACAGCCAAGAACCGGUUUAUCUCCAAUACCUUCAGCCUCUCACAGUCGUUGAAAAGCUGGGGCACUGGAGUGUGGAAGCUUAUGGAUAUUGUUUUUGGAAUGCCUUCGACGGGCAGUGGUGAUUUAGCUUCCAAAAUGCGCUCAGAGAGACAGAAAUAUCUCAUAGCAGAACUGGACAUAAAGCCCAGUCAUCGCCACAGCUUUGCAAAGUUCUCUCAGUUUGUUAUAGAUUACAGCCGACUUUCCCCUAAAGAACGCUUCAAGAGAGGUGAUGUGAAUCCACCUCCCAUUCCAUACAUCUACCAAACACCCAAGGGACAGGACAUAGAUCUGAGGUUACUCAAUAAAGAUGUGUUGAACCACUGUCUGCCGGUGCUUAGCAACAUCCUUGAUCGAGAGAGCCAGGGCUGGUACAUCAACUACAGACACAAGCUUAUCCUCAAACUCAAAGGAGAUGGGCUGACCAAUGAGGAGAUAUCUAAGAGGGUUAAUGAAAUGGUGAAGGAAGAAUACCUGCACAGGGUGUACAAGGCAAUACUGAACAACGCUGAGCUGGAGAGUGUGGAAGUGGGAAUUGGUGCCGUACUUGUUCAGCAGGCCAAGGCGGUGAUGUUGAUGAAGAAGGCCAUUGUGAAUAUCGAGACUAAAAUGCAAUCCCACAAGGGCCAGUUGUUGGCACAUUUGAAGAAAGCCUACCCGGUGAAAUCCAGAAUCAAGGGCUGGGUGAAUGAACAAACACAGAAUUUUGAGAGGGAGUUUGUGCUGCAUCACAUGUGGUCCGCCCACGAGGAUGCCAUCUCCCUCACGGAGGAGGAGGAUCUCCACCAGACAGCCUACUUCCUGCGUAGGGACUACAACUUCAUGAAACAGAGAGAACCAGUGCUAUUGAAAGAACUGGAGAAAGUGCGGGUUCCAAACCGAGUGUUUGUCUUUCACAUGAUAACCUGGUUACCUGGCAACUGGGUGACCGUGAAAUGUUUGGAUGGAGAGGAAACUGUUGUGCCCACGCAACUCGUGAAUGAAGUCAACCAACAACGUGCAUUACCCAAGACGGGGGAUGUGAGAUACUACAUCACUAAGGAGACAAAGCACAAGAACAGCACCAGCUACCCCAUGUGGAGAUGGCUCAACUACUUCCAACGGACUUGGGCAUGGACAUGGAACUCCAUGUUCUUCUUUGGGCUGGUCAUCCCCUGGUGCAGCCCUGUCAGUCUGCGAGCCCUUGUGUUCCCUAGACCCUUCAUGCCAAACAGGGUCAUCUCAGACAGAGACGGCAAGAUGUAUCUGGAUGAGUCCUCUACGACACACACCUUCGUGUCCCGCCUGGCUGCCAUCUGGAACAGCGUGAGCAAGUCCAGGACAGAUUUCGAGACUGCCCCAGAUAGAGGAUUCCUGGGCAAGGGCGUCACGCGUCACCUUAACCGCUUCUGGAACUACUUUGUCAAGGGGGUGUGCGGCAGUGUUCUGCUUGUUGUAUCCUUCCCUGCCCUGUGUGUUGUCACGUCGACGUCGUCUCUGUGUCUCGCAAUCUUGGCACCAGUGUGGAUGCCUGUGAUGUCACUUCUGUUUCACUGCUUCUGCUUUCUGGUAUACGACAUCGACAGCCCAGGGAACCAGAAUAAGAUUUGUAUCCUGCUGGAUGUGGUACUCUGGAGGUUCCUGGUGCUGGGAACCAUACAACCCAUAGCUGCCACACUGUUCGGGUUUGUGGCAUGUCCCCUCACUGCUAUGGCUAUCAGCUUAUUUGGGGUGUUACGGAGAGGACUGCGUGGAUUGUGGGACACAGCCAUGUACAAUAUCGUGAUCAAGAGUAGGGCAAGAGUACCAGCCAGUGAUGGAUUUGUGGCGCGAAGAAUUGCAGGACCAGGACUGGCUUCAAAUUACUUCUUCCAAAUCCAGCCUGCACAGGCCCUGGCUGCGCUGGAGGCUACCAUGGAGACGGAGGAGCUUGAAAUGUACAAGGCUCGCACCACAGACCUGCUGGAGAAACCUGUGAGGCAUUUCAGGUCGUUUGUCACACAGGUGUUUCAGCCGUUUUCAGCCACACUAAUGGAGGGAGGCACGUACAAGCAUCUUCAGGCAGAGACAGCCAACUACAAAACAGAUCUGACCAAUCAGAUUAAUCAACGCCAGUGGAGACUCAACACCGGCUUGAACUAUGACCUCCAGACCAAGGUCAAGUUGCCAGAGAGAGAGCUCAAGCAAACCAUAUACCAAGCUGCGUGUAUGCUUGAGAUGUUCUACCCAGGUCAUGUGAUCAACCAGCUGAGCGUCUCAGAAGACAAGUUCUGGGAGUCCAAGGGCUUACAGUUCAGAGAUUGGAAAGGACUUGCAAGUCAGAAGUUGUCUGGAAUAUUUUCCCCAUCGUUCCUUGUCCCUCUGGAGGAGACAGACAGCCAUUUUCAACUGCAGGUCAAGCAUGUGAAUCUCAACCGAUAUGUACAGAUGAUAGAGGCAGCAAAUGUCCAUGAUGACCUUGACAUUGUGACAGAGGUGCACAGUGACUCAGGUGAAAUCUUGACCCACGCACCCUCCCUGGAUGUGACAGUUUUCAACCCAACCGAAACGAUAGUCAGCACAAAUCACUACGAGACACUCCGUUCAAGACGCUUUUUCCAAGUUCGUCAUCCAGUGUAUGAGUUUGACAAACUCCCAGUGCCAUUGCCAGUGCCCCACCCAUCGGUUAUUGCCAUGACGAUAUUUAACAGGGAGAAUGAGGUAUAUGACAGCAGCCGAGAUGAGACCCUGUAUAACCUGAUCAUCAAGGGAAUCAAGACCUAUAAAGGCAUAGCCGACCCCACGACCUCGGUGUCCGUGGAAGGUGACCUCGAACCUAGCUCACCUGAGAACGGCCUUGACCCAGUUAGUGUUGUGUCACAUCUGGCAGAGCAGGAGGACUCAAUAUCCGACAUCAGUCAUGAUGAGACCUCGUCUAUUAUUCACGAUGAGGCUGGUUCAGGGUUGGUUGUGUCUGGAGAUUGGAGGCAAGGUCAAAAGGUCAAGCUAGGUGAAAAGGUCACACAGGGUCAAAAGGUCGAGUCCCAUGACGAUGCAGAUGGCACCGCAAAUGCUGGGGGAAGCGGACAGUUUGUAAAAAGAGAUACAGGCAACAUGGAAAGGGAUGACGAUGACAAUGAAAGUGUUUAUGUAUAAAGAAAAAACUUUGGUGAUAAUUUGUUUGGUUGUGUAUGUGUUUAUGAGCUGGAUGUAACAAUAUAUUCUUAUAUAUUGACAGCAUUAUUUAAAGCAUAAGCAAUAUACUCUGGUUUGAAAAAAGCGGGGCAUAUAAGAACACCUUUGGCUGGCGAAGGGUAGUGGCCAGGAGAAUGAUGUCGGCUUAAUAACUCAAACAGUUUCAAUCAGAUCAUGAAAUGUGUUUAUAAUGUUCGUUGGCAUAAUAAUUCUAAUAAUUUUGAUAACCAGCUAGAUCACUUUUGAGCUCUUGAAUUAUUGCUCUUGAAUUUAAAAGAAAGGGCAACAUUAAAUGUGUCUGCUCUCUAUCACAAACAGUUUAAAUUGGAUCAUCAUGAUACUUGGUGAUACUUUUAAUGGAUAUAUCGCGAAUUUCUCAGCCAAGUUUGCAUCAAUUGAAAUCUGUAAAACAAUAAAGCAAUUGGAACGCUUUUCCUUGAUAAUUUGAAAAAUACAUCAAGUACUAGUGAAGAGUUUUGCAAAUUUAAAUUGAAGCCUUCGUCGUGCAGUGUUAGCAUAUGAGCAUUUGUUUCCUGAGGUCCAGGGUUCAAAUCUGGGGGAAGGAAUUACUUUUUGUUCAACGUUUUUUCUUGCUAUUGUUGUUAGUUAAGAAUAUUUAGAACAUUUGUCAGUAAACAUUUUAAUGACAUUUUCAAAAUACAAAAAUCUGUGAACAAGUUAUUUUUAAGGAUAAAAGCUUUUAUCUUGGUCCAUGCCUAAUUUUACUGCUGUUUUAUAUUAUGCAAACCUUUCUGUGCAUUUACUGUUGGUAUCAAAUGCUUUAAGUACUUUCUUCUUAAGCUGGUGCUCGUUUACUUGGAAAUAUCAAUAUGGGCUACUUUUUUACAGAUACAAUUUAAAAAUUAAUGUAUGUUGUUAUUAAUGAUUGUUAAUAUUAUAAUGCUUUCUAUACUCUCUGUUGUUUGUACCAUUAUAUACAAAACUGAAUCUCAAUUAUUCAGUUGCAUAAAUUUUCUCUUGUUUUCAUAAUCCUGUUAUGCGGGAUUGUUCUGGUGUGUAAAAGCACGUGAGUGCUAGCACUGACAACAUCAUUUCUUCUACAAAUGGAACUACAGGUUGUAAACCUUUACAUGAUAAAACACGUGCUUCCUUUGUUAUGAAAGUGUAAUUCAUGUGUUUUUCUGCAAUAACGGAUGUGAAUCAAGGUACACUUCCAGAACGUUAUUGACAGUUUUGAAUUUUGUUUCUGUUCUGCUUAUUAUCAUGCUUCCUGAAAUGUACAUGGUAUGUAUUACAUGGUAUAUGGUAUAGCAUGGUAAAUAUACAUUCAAAAUGUGUUUAUACACCUUAUGACUGUGUCUAAACAUGUGUUACUAGGUUGACACAUCUUUUUAUUAUACUUUCCUAUUCUGUGUUUAACAUGUAGACUUUUGUAUUGUUUUUAUUUCUGUUUAGCAUAUUGUGCAUGUAAAUGCACUCAUAGUGUGAACAUAGAUUUUAUAAUUUACUGAAGCUCUUUGAUAAAAUUGCAUAUGUAAAACCUUUUUGUAGUUUUGGUAUUACUUAUGUUAUACCUUGAUUUGUUUGUGAUCUUUUGAUGUUGUUUACAAUUUAAACACCCGGCUUAGGAAAAUUGAUCCAUUUACUUUUGUUUAACUGUCUGCUUCAGACAUGAAUAAUAGAGUUUUAUUUUCUGAAGAUCAUAAAUAGAUUGACUUAUAUUUGCUUCUUUUGUUUGAUUAUGAGAUUAUUUAACAAAUCAAGAUUGCUAGCAUUUGUAUUUGCAAUAUGUACAUUGAUUUAGUUGAUUGUAGUUGUAGUCUUCAUGAAACAUAUUUAAGAAGUAACACUUUUUCGACAUAUUUAUUGUUCCUUUAUAUAUGUCUAAUCUGUCAUAUGUGAAUUAAAAUGGUGAUAAACUAAUUAGAAAAUA